AAGCCAGACAACUGUCAUAGAAAAUGAGUGUGCCUUGCCCCAUCUACCUACAAAAGGAAAAUGUGUAGAAGUUCCCAAUGAGUCCAAAUUGAAUGCCGCCACUUCAGUAGCCACCAAAAGAUCACUUCCACCAUGCAGGACUCGGAUUUUGCCAAAGACUUGGAGCACUUCACCUUCCGCCUGCACGAUCAGCUUACAAAAGCCAAUCCCGACCAGAAUGUCGUUUACUCGCCGCUAUCCAUCCGCACUUCCGGAGGCAUGCUGCGGAUGGGAGCUACUGCGGAAUCACCCACGGCCGAUGAGUUGGACGAGGGGCUCCGGUUCAGCUCUGGCGACGUGCAGAGAAUAGCAUCGAGCUUCGAUAUCGUUCUUAAGGCCUACGAGCAGUGUGGGAUCCUAAAAAUGGCCAACCGUAUAUACGUGAUGAUGGGUCUCACGCUCAACAAGCAGUUUAACAGCAUUUUGGAGAACAACUUCCGCUCUAAGCCCACCGAGAUUGACUUCGGCAGUGCCCAAGCGGCCAGCGACAUCAAUAGCUGGGUAGAGUCCCAGACAAAUGAGCUAAUCAAAGACCUCAUCGGCCCCGAUGUCCUAUCAACGAACACACGACUGGUGCUAGUCAAUGCCAUACACUUAAAGGGCGAGUGGGCUGUCAAAUUCAAUGAAGAAUACACCGAACCAGAGGACUUCUUCCUGUUGACGAAAAAAAAGAUCACCGUACCCAUGAUGCAUACGAAAAACCAGUUUUUCUUUGGUGACCUACCGAAUCUGAAUGCCACUGCCCUCAGGAUGGACUACACCGCAUGCAACCUGGCCAUGAUCAUCCUUCUGCCGAACGAGGAUUCCAGUCUGCCAAACCUAGAGAACAUGCUGGCUAGCACUUCCCUGUUGUCUAUAUUGUCGAAGAUGUCCCUGAAACAAGUUGAUGUGAAAAUUCCAAAAUUCCGAGCCGAGUUUCAACAGGAGUUAGAAAGUGCAUUCAAACUGAUGGGCAUGGGUCGUAUAUUCAGCAAUCAGGCAGAGCUCGGAGAAAUGAUAUCUUCUAAGGAGAGCAUUUCAGUCUCCAAAAUCAUACACAAAGCCUUUAUUGAAGUCAACGAAUUCGGCACCGAGGCAGCCGCCGCAACGGCUCUGACAAUUACCUUUCGGAGCAUGUCAGUUCCAAAGAUGUUCCAUGCCAACAGACCCUUCUUUUAUGGCAUCUUCGACAAGGUCCAUGGCUUUCUGUUCGUUGGCCGAUACAUCACUCCGGUAAUUGAAAGGGCAAGAAGAUGCAAAUGUCCUAUUGACAAAUCCUGCGAAAAGUGCUCUCACUGCAAGCAAUGUCUGUCACAAAAAAAGGAUUGAACAUGAUUCCCGGUACAACAUACUACUAAGAAAAUCUUUGGAUACAAAAUUACUUGCAUUUGUUUUACUUGGCAAUAAAUACAAUAAAAUAAGGAGUAAGGCAACCAAGAGAA